ACGAGCUAACGGCUGCGAACGGUUUAACGUUAAAACGUUAGCUGUGGAGCUAGCUGCUAAUGCUAACGCUGCAUUCAAAGGUUCAUCCUGAAAGAAGGAGAAGAAGGAGCAGGAGGAGGAGGAGAAGGAGAAGGAGAAGAAGGAGGCACUUUGAGACAAUUUAAAGAUUCAAAUGUCUUAUUUAUUUAUUCGUGUAUUUAUGUAUCGCGGUUCGGUAACGGGCUCUGCAGAGCUACACAGCGCGAGCUAAGCUAACGUGAACGUAACCUCCGGACCUGAGCCAGAAAAAAAAAAAAAAAUUAAAAAUCAGUGAAACGAGCACGAGCCACCUUCAAAUCAGCUGUUUAUGAGAGUAACGAUGCACGAGCUGUCACGUGAGACAGUCAGGUGUUUUUAUUUUAAACGUGAUGCACGAGCCUGACACCAGCACGAAGUUUGACUGUUUGAUGGAGAGAUCGACUUGGUGGAGAGACGAGAGGAAAAACCUGAAUCUUUUUCCUAAAUGGUGGAGGCCUGAUCUGAAUCCUGUUUCUACCAACACUUCCUGCCAGUUUACAAGGCCUCGCUGGCAUCUUCUCCAACAAGAAGAACUCAAAGUGAAAGUUACGGCACUCGGAGUCCUUAUUUGAACACCGGCUCAAACAUAUCUGAAGGUUUACUGCAGUCUCGAGGAAGUAUACAACGAGGCAUUUCACGGAUACCUUUGCGUGACGACAUGGCAAAGAAAAACAGCCAGAAGGAUACAUCUGGUGUGGUGUUUGACACUCGCUCCAAAAUGGUCAUGUCCCAGGGAGGAACAGCUGAGAGGAUGAAGGAGAAGAUCAGUGCCGUCAGGGCAGUCGUCCCCAACAAAAGUAACAACGAGAUCGUGCUGGUGCUGCAGCAUUUCGAGAACUGCGUCGACAAGGCUGUUCAGGCCUUCUUGGAAGGUAGCGCAGUCGAGAUCCUGAAGGAGUGGAAUGUAACCGGCAAAAAGAAGCCCAAGAAGAAAAAGAAGCCCAAGCCUCAGCCAGAGGUCUCCGCAGAACCUGCUCCUCCCGAGGCCGCAUCGCCCGAGGAGGGCAAGGAUGAGAUGAACGGCUUUCAUGCCAACGGAUCAGUAAUGGAUGGAGAGUCGCUCGAUUCGCUGAGUGAACAGUUGGACUCUGCCUCCCUGGAUGCAGCCGAGCUGGACUCUGAACCCGCUACAUCCGAAACCACCGGUGCAGAAGCAGAAAGUCAAGGAAGCGCUCCAAGUCCAGCCUUACAGCAAGGAGGGAGGAAUCAUCAGGCUCCCAGAGGCAACAAGAACCGACACAGGCCAGGCUCAAAUUCACAUCCACCCACUUCCUCAUUAACACCCGCCGCUAAUGAGCAAGGACCAGCAGGAGUCAAGAAGAUAGCUUCCAACAUCGACCGCUCUGUGAAGGACCUGCAGAGAUGUACCGCCUCACUGACUCGCUACAGGAUGGUAGUCAAGGAGGAGAUGGACUCUUCAAUCAAGAGGAUGAAGCAGACGUUUGCCGAGCUCCAGAGCUGUUUAAUGGACAGAGAAGUGACUCUACUGGGAGAAAUGGAUAAAGUCAAAGCAGAAUCCAUGUUGAUUUUGGACGCCCGGCAGAAGAGAGCAGAGGAGCUCAGACGGCUGACGGACCAGUCUGCGUCCAUGUCUGAGGAGCAGUUGACCGAACUGCGCGCAGACAUCAAGCACUUUGUGAGCGAGCGUAAAUACGACGAGGACCUUGGGAAAGCUGUAAGAUUUACAUUCGAUCUUGAACCGCUGAAGACGAGCAUCACAGGGUUUGGAUCAGUUUACCAUCCACGCACAGGCUACUCAAAUCGGUCCCGCUGUAGCUCCACGUCCUCUUCUGUCGCCAGCCCGAGCCUGCUGGAAACUCCUCCUCCUCCUCCUACCACCCAGACCCAAAGCACCUCCAACGAAUCCCGCCCUCCUCCAAACAAACAGAUUUUCCAAGGCAACAGGCGUACUUUCCAGGGACAGGGGUACCACUCGGGGGGUCAGCGGUAUAACGGCGGUUCCCACCACGAAAGGAACGCCGGCCGUGCCAACCACCGCUACCAGAGCGACGGCGGCGGCUCUUCCGGUCCUACUUCACAGCACUCUAACAACUCGAGAGGUCCCUCUCGUUCCUCCACGUCCUCCUACAACCAAGACCGACCCUCUCAUAACGGGCUGCCCCAAAGGCCUCCGCGGACGCACUGCCCUUGACAUUGGAAACGCUCAAUCAAACCCAUCUACUAACCCUCGCACUCCCUUCCCCCUUCCCCCCUUCCACACUCGUCCUCCUCCCUCCCACCUCCACCACCUCCACCACCACCAACUAACUCGUUUCAAUGAAGAAUAGAAUACCAGUUUACAUAUUUUCCGUCAGUUGAGCUGUAGUGCCACCUCUCUACAUCAAUCCAUUCAUCCUUCAAACUUGAAAAGCUCUCCCUCUUCUGUAAUCGCUCUUCCUUUCUGCAUUUCUUCCAUCCUGGUUAAGGUAACAGCUUCGAUCUUUAGCCCCCUCCUCCUCUGAGAGAUCUCGUCGCUACGCUGUUGUCAGUUCCUGUUAUUCGUAUCCGCAGCCUGCCAGAGACUGACAGCAUUACGUACAACAAUUUGUGCACUAUUGAAGUUGAACUCCUUUAGUACUGUUUCUAUUUUUUGCCGUGGCGUACGUCAGCUCUCCGAUUAUUUUGCACCUGAGAUCUUUUCUUCUUUCGUUUCCCCAGAACCAUUUCAAUGCCUUCACCGUGGAAGUGCAAAAGCAGUUCUAGCGUUAGCAGGAGGAUUUUUGUCAUCGGGAGAGAAGACAUGCAAUCAACACUAAAGACUAUCGUCAAAUCUUUGCAAGGUUUAAAAAAAAAAGAAAAAAAAGAAACAUAUCAAACUGUAAUUUAGAGCUUUUCAUGUGGCUGCUACAGACGGUAGGGAACUUGUUAACGCUAGGACUUAAAAAUGUAAAGAGUGAGAGCACAGAGGUCGCCCCUCUUAAAGGAAAGGUUUGACAUUUCCCUUUUCUUGAUGAUGGUUAGACGAGACAAUCGCUAGAUGACAGCAGCCUAACAGCCUUGGAGCUAAACUCUGAAGUUCACUAACUAACACUCCCUGUCCUGUUUAUCUUUUUACAGCGGGGUCAGAGCUGGCUGUUUCCUCUUGUGCCCAGCUUUCAUGCCAAGUUAAGUUAAUCGGCUGCUGGCUGUAGCUUCGUACUCAAAGUGCAGAUGUGAGAGCACAUUUCUUUGUCCGGCUGCUGGCUGUAGCUUCAUGCUCACCGUGCAGAGCGGUAUCCAGCCUCUCAUCCAACUUUUCUGCAAGGAAAAAUGUCAAACUAUUCCUUUAAACAUCGCCUGAGGCAGUGAUGUAUCGCCCUCCCACUGACAGGCGGGGGGUUAACUCGGAGUGUGUUCUCGUUCUCGGCUUGAUGUCCUUUUAUUUUCUAACAGAGAGGGCUCAUUACCUUUUUUGUAGAAUAUGUUAAACGACGUGUUGAAAGAAGCAAACGGCCCACACGCUGUUUUUAUAGUUAGUUCUCAAACAUUUAUUCUGAUGGUUUAUCGUCCGCGCGCACCGUUCGUUCGUCCUUUUGUGUUUCUUGUCGUUUAGACACGCACACGGAUGUCGUGUUUAACGACGUGCUUGCCUUUAGUCACAGAGACUUCACAUUUGCCUUUUUUCUUAGAGACGUGGACGUCCGCAUCAUGACUGCUUUCUAAUCAGACGGUACUCGUAGAGCAGAGUUGCAAUUUAUAAAAUGUGAGAAUAAGAUGCAAGAUCUUUUUCUUCCCCUUUUUACACUCACUUUAUCAUCUGUGAACUGAUCAAACUGAUGAACGCGUUGGACGGUUGCAUCGAUUUCACAGAUUUUCUUCUUUUCUAUGGCUGCCAAGUCGACACCUCGAGGCUGUCGUCGGGGUAAAGUUUCGUCGUGUCCAGUGUUAGUGAACAAAUAGCUGGUAAUACCUCAUUGCUGAUGUUUUGACACGGCCUGACUCUUUUUCUUUCCAAGCCGUCUUUCCUCGCAGUGGGCUCUUAUUGAAGGGACAGGACGGUGAUUCCUCCUCAUCUCUUUAUCCUGUAGUUAUGUACAUACAGUUUGUGGAGCUGCAAGGCUUUAGUGUUAAACUGGUUGUUACAUUAUCGCUGCAUCUUCUUCAUGAUGUGUCGUCUUCCCUCGAGCAGACUUUGGGGAAAAAAAAUUUAAGAUAUUAUGUUCUCUCUCUCUCUCUCUCUCUCUCUCUUUUUCUCUCCCCUUCCUCUUCUUUUUGUUUCCUCAUGAGUUUCCUGAUCACCGGGAGAUUUUUCUUCUUAUUUGAGAUACGAAAUGUUUCCAGUGAUUUAUAUUUUGGUGAAUACUGUGGACAAAAGGGCACUAACAUGUUUACAGUCCGUGCUGAGAUGACACUUGACUCAAAGGAACAGUUUGAAAUUUUUUGGGGGGGGGGAAUUCACACACACGAGACACAAAACUGGAAAACUUACUCGGACAAGAGACGCAAAUGUCAGAUUUAUUGAGGGGGAGUGAUUUCAAGCAGGGUAUUUUCUCAGUUUUGCAAGAAGAAAGUCUCGAGGGUUAUUUUGGCAAAUGUACGUGCGGUUAACUGCCCCACGUCCACUUCUCUGAGCUGAACUCUGAAACCAUCCCAGAUAACCUCUCGAUGACCUCGAGGAAAUUUUGUUUCUUGUCCUAACGUAACAAAAUCCUCAUCAGCUCCUCUAGAGUUUGCUUCCGUGUUUUUAAAAACUACAAUUUGCAGGUUAAGUGUCGGACUGUUUGUUCAAAAACUUCCUGGAGUCAAGAAAUACUCCGGCACCUCCUGUGAACGGUUACACUUGGGUUGUUGUUGUUUGGAUUAAACAGAAACGAAUAUAACGUGUUAAUUAGUGAGUUUUAGAGGAGCUGGGAUGCAGAAAUCAAUCUCUUUCCAAAUAUCAAACUUCUCCUUUGAGUGCUUUCACAGUCGCUGACUUUGUUACGUCACAAAGACGACGUUGGUUCUCUGCUGCAGUUUGAUUGGAUCAAAGCUGCAGGACUUUUACUCUAGCAUAUCUUUUUGCGUUCGAGGUGCUGGACUUGUUCAAUCAAGACUCAAAGAAAGUUUUUUUUUUUGUUUUCCUCAUCUGAGAUUUAGUUUGUUGUUUUACAUUCCAGACUGUAGGAACAUUGUUAGGUUGUCGCCAAAGAAAUGGUUUCGUCCUCUUUAAAAGUUGCUGCCUUUUUUUUUGUUUCGUUCCUCUCUGCCUGUAAAGAAUUCCAAAGGAGACAAAUCCAACACUUCACCUUCCUCUUCCUCUUCUUCCUCUUUUAAUUUUCAGAUUCCUUACUGUAUAUACAUAUAUGUAGCUAUAUAAUUUUGUGCUCACAUGGGGCAUUUUGUAUGUGAUAUUCAUAUUAGUCAUCAUGGAGGUUGAAACAUCUAGUUUGUUCAUUCCUCUUGUAGACCCCGUGUUCUUCUUCUUCUUCAGACAACCUCUCUGAGACAACUGUAAACUCAAGUGCCUUUUCUUGUCUCCCCCCGAUUCAUUAUGACAUCCCCCUCCUCCCCUCCAACAAAAUAUGGACCAAAGACAUCGACCGUCCCGUCCCCGGCACACUCCCUCUCCUCUCCGCUCUUUCUCCCACUCACUGAAUUGCACACUUCUCAUUUACUACGAAUAAACAGUUUGCAAUA